AUGAACAACAGAAUGGUGCUAAUAAGCGAACUGGCUGAAGAAAUCAAGCGAAGAAAAAUACCAUUGUAUCUGCAGGAGGAACAACUUUCUGAAGCAACCAAUCUUACCCAGGAUAUUAUUCAGAAACUACGAUGUUUGCGCGACCUGUUCACGAAUGCAGCAGCCUCAGCUGGUGAGCAUGUGCAAUCGAUUUCACUCAAUCUGGAAUGCACAACGAAGAAUGGAGUGCAACAACAAGCCACCAAACAAAACGCUGUCGGUUAG